UAACUAUUAACUAUUACUUAAUAAUAAGGUUAUUCUGAGAAAAGAUUGAUACUGAUAAGGUUUCAAUUGAGUCAAUAGAAUAAAUUAUCAUAUAAAAAAUGGGUACUCAAAAGAAAGAAAAGCUGAGAAGAGUUAGAGAGGGAGAUACUCGAGAUGGUAACCUUCGAGUUAAAGGUGAAAAUUUUUAUAGAGAUGCUAAAAAGGUUAAGCAUUUAAAUAUGUAUAAACAAGGUAGAGCCGUUCGUAAUGCUAAGGGAGAUAUUAUAAAGGCUGCUGCUUUACAAAGUACUGAUGCUCCAACUGCUAGAGUUGAUCCCAAUAGAAAAUGGUUUGGUAAUACAAGAGUUAUUGCUCAAGAUGCUUUAACUCAUUUUCGUGAAGCUAUGGGAGAUAAGAAACGUGAUUCUUAUCAAGUAUUAUUAAAGAGAAAUAAAUUACCAAUGUCAUUAUUAGAUGAAAAGGAUCAAUCUGAAUCUCCAACUGCCAAAAUAGUUGAAACUGAAUCAUUUCAACUGACUUUUGGACCAAAACAACAAAGAAAGAAACCAAGACUUGCAGCUUCAAGUUUAGAAGAUUUAGUUCAAAAUACUGAAAAUGAUGGUGUUGCAUAUCAAGAAAAGCAAGAAUUAGAUGCCACAUUAGGAUUAAUGGGUGGAUCAUUUCUUGAUAAAGAAGAUUUUACUCAAGAAGCUAAAGAAGCUAUUUUUCAUAAAGGUCAAUCUAAAAGAAUUUGGAAUGAAUUAUAUAAAGUUAUUGAUUCAUCCGAUGUAGUGAUACAUGUUUUAGAUGCUAGAGAUCCAUUAGGGACUAGAUGUGAAUCGGUUGAAAAAUAUAUUCGUGAUGAAUGUCCUCAUAAACAUUUAAUUUAUGUUUUAAACAAGUGUGAUUUGGUUCCAACUUGGGUUGCAGCUGCUUGGGUUAAACAUUUAUCUAAAUCUUAUCCAACAUUAGCAUUCCAUGCUUCUAUUACCAAUUCAUUUGGUAAAGGGUCAUUAAUUCAAUUAUUAAGACAAUUUUCAACUUUACAUUCUGAUCGUAAACAAAUAUCCGUAGGAUUUAUUGGAUAUCCAAAUACUGGUAAAUCAUCAAUUAUUAAUACAUUAAGAAGAAAGAAAGUUUGUCAAGUUGCUCCAAUACCUGGAGAAACAAAAGUUUGGCAAUAUAUUACUUUAAUGAAAAGAAUUUUUUUAAUCGAUUGUCCUGGUAUAGUACCACCAUCACUGAAAGAUACUGAAUCUGAUAUUUUAUUUAGAGGAGUUGUAAGAGUUGAACAUGUGUCACACCCAGAACAAUAUAUUCCUGAUAUGUUACAAAAAUGUGAAAGAAAACAUUUAGAAAGAACUUACGAAAUUAAAGGUUGGAGUAAUUUUGAAGAAAAUCCUCAAUUAUUAGAACAAGCAAGUAUAGAAUUUAUUGAAUUAAUUGCUAGAAAGCAAGGUAGAUUAAUUAAAGGUGGAGAACCAGAUGAAAGUGGAGUAUCUAAACAAGUAUUAAAUGAUUUUAAUAGAGGGAAAAUUCCCUGGUUUGUACCUCCACCAAAGGAUGAAGAAGAAAGAAGUGGAGAAGAUAAAAAGGCAGGAUAUAAGAGAAAGAGAGCUGAAAGAGAAGAGGGAAGAGAAGGACAAAAUAAGAAAUCUAAACAAGAAGAAACUUCUGAAGAACAAACCACUGAAACAACCACUGAAGCUACUGAAGCUAAAGAAGUUGAACAAACUCCUGAAGCUGAAGAGUGGAAAGGAAUUGAGGAUUAGUUAAUUAUAUUAAUGACUUGCUUGCACAUUUUGGGAUAUUCAUUUCAUUUCAUUUCUUUUAAUAAUUCAAUAGCAUUGCAUAUUUAGUUUUACAUACAUUAGUAAUUAGGAUAGAAUUUGUAUAUUUAAAAAAGGAG